AUGCGCCAAAUUCGCAAUGCGAAACGAGAUGCCCCGGAAACUCCCAAGGAUAACGGAAAGAAGACAAUCCGGGAAGAGGACGGCUGGGAGACCAAAGUGCCCCUUUUCCCUCGAGACGACCCCUUGUACUCUAUAGCUUACAACAACAACGGCACCACCUUCGAUUGCAACACCUUCGACGAUGAGGGCAGCAACGAGAACGACAGUGUUACCGACCCGGCCCUUUUCGCCACGACGAACUAUGAAAUCGACGACGAAGACGAGAGCAUGUGGCAGCGGAGUGGGGCUGAACCUCCCCCGUCUACCACUGCUACCAUAUCUAGUGAUCUUUCCUUGGAUGAGGAUCUCAACAGCAGACUGGGCCGGGUGCCGCGUUGGGUGGGCAACUGGGAGUCCGCCGAUACUUUCUAG